AUGUCAGAGGCGGUCGAACUGCGGCGGACGUACGCGACACAGAUCCGGCCGUCUCUCCCUGUUGCUUCAUCUCCGUCUCUGCCUUCUACGGAUUCAUCUCUGUCUAGUUCGCCUUCUCGAUCGUUUCCUGCUCACUCUUCUUUCGGCUUUACGCCUGCCUCUGCUCGUCAGCCGCAGCCUUUCGGGGGCCUGCCUGGUGGCGGACCGGCCCUCAGGCGCCCGAACGAUGCUCCGCCUCUCCUAGCCUCACCAGCUCCUCUCCUAGGCGCUUUUCGUGGAGAUGUCUCUUCUCCCUCCUCUUUGCCUUCUUCCUCGUCUUCCUUUCCACCCGCCUUCCCUUCUGCCUCUUUGCCGUCCUCGUCUUCCUUUCCUUCACCCGCCGUCCCUUCCUCGUCCUCUUCUUCCUCAUCCUCUCCUUUCCCAGCUUCAUCGUCUCCUUCUUCGCCUCUUGUGCCGUUGCCUGUUCGUCUUCCGUCUUCUGUGGCUGCUCCCUCAGUCGCAUCUUGCUCUCCGGUUUCCGGUCCCCUCAACGGGAGUCUCGUCCCUCCUUCUGAAGAGAACGGCAUGCAUGGAGCACAGUGCCUCACUUCUCCGCAUGUUGGCUCUUCUCUCCCCUCCGCGCUCUCGCCUGCGUCUCUCGCUCCCUUGCCUCCUCCUGCCGCCCUCCUCUCUCUGCCUGCAUGCGCGGCUUCCUCUGCCCCUUUGUCUGCGCCUUCGGCGGCGUCGUCGCCUUCCGUGGCCCUGUCAAAUGCACGCGCUGCGUCUCCCCCCGUCCUCGCGUUCCCGUCCAGGAAACCUUCCAUUGCUGGCUGUCGGUCUUCCUCUGCGUCGCCCUCGCCGCCAGCUUCGGCUGCCGACGACGUAGAGACAGUUCCAGGUCUUCGCGAGGGGGACACUGGGGACCGCGAACGCGAGGACGCGCGCCUGUGUUUCAGCGGCGUCCAAAAGUCGCGCGUUUCCUGCCAGAGUCGAAAUCUGUCUCCCCUGCGGUUCUGCGCAGGCUCCACUGCCUCCUCGUCGGGUGCGCCUCAGAGGCUCCAGCCGCUGUCGCCCGACAGUGUCUCCGUGAGUUGCGAUGACCCCGCGGUCGACGCCGAUCGCCUCACCCCUCUCGUGGUCUCGCUCACCAGGGGCGUGUCACAAGAAGGCUCGGUUCACGAGGCCCCAGAGCCGCCGGAUACUUCGCCCUCGUCGUUUUCUUCGUUCUCGUCCGCUGUCUCGUCUGCGCCUUCGCGCCUCUUUUCCCAUGCCCCGGAUUCGGCGUCGCCCUCGGCGGAGUUCCCUCGCCGCCCAGGGCCCGCGCAGGCCUCGCCCCUGUUUCUCUCGCAGGGCGGGCUGUUUGACAGCCAGGCCUUCCUCGCUUCUUCGACCUUUCAGCGUUUCGGGCCUUUUCCUUUUCCGCUGCCUUCGCAUCUGUGUGGCCCGAACGCGGCGGCGGCCAGCGUCGCAGCCUCAGCCGCCGCACAGCUGCCCUACGUCUUCCUCGAGUUCGAGCGGCUGGCGGCGACGGCGGUCGGCGGCGCGAUUGUCUCCUCUGAAAACCUUCCCGCGUCGCUUUCCUCGUUUGCUUCAUCGCCGGCGAGGCUCGUAUGGAACAAUCGCGCUGCGUCUGCUCACGUGAUUGCUGCUGCUGCACACAUGACCGCCGCCGCGCAGGCGAUUGCGCUGGAGGCGCAGCAGGAGGCGGAAGCCGUCCGGACCGCCGAGUGCGCCGCGACCGCUAGUUGGGCUCCACGGGGGGCGGACGGGGACCCCCUGGGCGAGGCAGGUAAAGAGACAGAUAAGACGGCGGAUGCGCCCGACGCUGAUACCGGGAGGCGGACGGAGGGAAGCCGCUUGGCCACGAAUCGAAAUGUGUCGGCGGGCGAGAACACGAGGACAAUAAGGGAGGCAGAAAAGAGUGCGAGGUGGGAGGGCGCAGAUGCCCGGGCGGAGGUCGGCAGAGAAAUCGUUCAGUCUGCACGGAGGCUCUCGUUUGUCUCCCCGCUUCUGUCGCCCGAGAUGCCGAUAGGAGAAGAACGCCCGACAUUGCGACCAACUACCGCAACGCGGGAAGAGGAAACCCUUGAAAGCGGAGACUCCCUCGCUGCCCCGGAAAGAAGAGACGCAGUUGGAAGGCGAGAGGAAGGCACCUCCUCGGCGAAGGUGCGGGAAAGCAGGGAGGAAACGUGA